AUGGCCCCGACGCGCAAGGACAACGCUUCGCCAUGGUACUGCAAGUGGCGCAGGCACGACGUCACGAAUCAACCGUGGUUCAAUGCUUCUACCCUUGUCUACUGUAAGAAGUGCGGCCUGCACAAGAGCAACUGUUUCAAGGAGAACAAAGUGGCGUCGCAGCCCAGUGUCUCGGCCAAGCAGCAGUCGCUCGCGGCCAAGGUCAAGGAGCUCGAGGCGCAGCUCACCAAGCUCCGCGAGCACCCCCCUGGGCAUGGGCCAGCGGCUACGGGAACAGGUGCGAGCCCACCAUGGGCUGCUGCGCCAGGGGAUGCCGACACCGUCAAGCGGAAUCGGAUCAAGAUGCUGGAUCAGUUGCUUCGUGUCACUACUGACCCUGCUGAUGCUGAUACUGUGGCCAAAUGGCGCGAGGAGCGGGCGAAGCUGGACGCCGAGCUCUUUCAAGACAGGCCCAUCGAGCAUCAGGCCAGGCCCUUGGCGUCAAGGCUGUCUUCCGCCCGUUCGCGACAGGCUACCAUUCAGGCCACCCGCGAUGAGCAGCAGAAGAAGAUUGCCGAGCUCACUCGCGGCCUGGCCGACACGGACUCCAAGCUGCAAGAGGCCACUGCGGAGGUCCUCCGCCUGGAGCAGCAGACCCGCACCGCCAUGUCGCGAGUCCAGCCGCCCGAGGGCACGCAGCCACCGUCGCUUGCGGACUUGUUGCCUACCUUCGCGGUCAGUGUGGAGCAGCUGGGCAAGGUUGCAACAGGCCUCGGUCUCGGCGCCGACAUGGUCAAGGAGCUGCAGGACAUGGCCGACACGGUCAGUAAGCUGCAGAGCCUGCCCCAGGCCAAGCCGCCUGAACCUGCACCUGCUCAUGCUGGUGGUGCUGAAGCUAGUGCUGAGCCACCUGACAUUGAGAUGUCUGGGCAGGAUUGCCGCGAGACUUUGGGCGCAGCAGGCGCCCACGUCGAGGAGAGCGACACCCCCGACAUCGUGCGCGAGAAGUUCAAGCGUCCCCAACAGAGUUACCUGGACACUGUGGCCAAGAAGGACCUCGGCUGGGACUACGGCGCCUACAUUACUUCCCCCACUGGCCCGCUCUUCGGGGUGGGGGGCAGCUCCGACCUUGACUGCGGCUCCGCCUACGUCGGUUGCGCCCGCAGCUGGGUCCUUGGCGUCUACGGCAUCACAGAGGGCUACUCCGCCUACGCCUACGCGGUUGGCCCCUGGCAGCACGCACUGCUCACCGACCCCAUCUUCGGGGAGCGGCGGCAGAGGGCACCGACCGUCUUCGGAUGGCAAGCACCGCUCACCGCCCUUGCCCUCGGAGAAUCCAGGCGGCAGAGGGUGAAGGCGCAGCCAAUGCAUGCAGAAUCUCAGCCGCAGCUCAAAGGCCUCAUCACAACGGUGAACGCUACGAGCUACGGCCCUUUCUUCGACUUUUUGGCUACUUAUCGGGGAACUAUCUUGCUGGCUCAGGAGUUGAGAAUUACCCAACCUAGGCUCGGCGAGUUUCAGGCCGGGGCCUUGGACGCUGGAUGGCAUGGGCUAUGGGCCCCGUCGCCCCCAACGGGUGACUCUGCUACGUCCAACUUCGGAGGGGUCGCUGUACUCGUGCCGACGUACAUUAUGGUCACGGCCCCACCUGACGACGGGCACAUUAUCUAUCCAGGACGAGCAGUCUGUGCACAGAUUAACUGGGGAGUUGCUGGCGGUAUCAUAGUCGCCAGCGUUUACCUCGUCACGUCCAUUGGCAUCUCAGGCGAAAACAUUGAGGUGCUGUGGGCCUUGGCCCAGAGAGUGGCAGCAUGGAACUCUCGGGGCCUCGACUGGAUUCUAGGCGGUGACUGGAACGCCGAUUUCGAUGCGCUCAAUGUUCGCAACUGGGUCGAGACCAUGGCAGCCAUCCACUACGUGCCCGACCAGCACGCCUGCAUCACUGACGAGGGCAAGAGCACCAUAUACUAUUUUGUCGUCUGUGCCAACUUAGCGUCUCGCAUCAAGGGCAAGCCCGAGGUCCAGCAUGACUCCACGGUCGUGCCGCCGCCGCACUUCCCUGUGGAGCUGCAGCUCGCGGGCGAGGAUCGCCCCACGUGGUGCCGCGUCCCUGUGGAGCCGCGCCCUUUUGCGGUGGUGCCGCCCGUCGGCUGCGCCAGGCAUCCCUACCCGUGGCAUAUGAUCCAGACAGAGUUCCAACGGGUCAGCAGUGUCGACGACCUGAGCUCGCUCUGGGACUCUGUGCUGCGCGGGGUGGACUACGAGCUGGCAGGGCGUCACGACUGCGUAGGCGCCAAGGCCAUGCAGUACAUCGGACGCGAGGGGCCGCCGCAGUUCAAGUGGCAGCUCCUGUCAUGGCAGCCGCCGCGCAGGCGUACCUACAAAGAGCCGACUGUGCUGGCUUGGGCUACGGCGAGGCGCUGGGCCCAGCACCUUGUGGCCGAGAAGAAGCGGCUUGUGAGGUGCAUCGAGCGCCUCAAGCUGUGCGCCCUCAUUUGUGCCAUCACGCCGCUGCAGUACACCAAGGUCGUCGUGGCCUUCAAUGAGGCGGCUGCCUUUUAUGGGCGCGUGGCUCGGUCAGAGCAGGUUUCUUUCGGCGAGGGCUGA